GACUUGAGGAUCCAAAAUGGCAGAAUGUUGCAAGGUGGCUUUCAAGGUCUUCGCCGUUUUUUUCGUGCUUUGCUCAUUCCAGAAGCUAUCAUUGGCAUCCUACAGACUGACACGUACAGCUUACGAUGAGAUUUUUAAAAAGUUAGGUGUCUCUCUUGAGUCACUUCCAAAUAUCUCUUUCACUUUGAACGUUUCCGAGGAAUGCAGGGAAACUCUGACGAAUCUGCCCUCAAAGCCUGACUUUACACAAUACCUAGAUGCCCUUGGUAAACCUCAAAGUGGAUUUCUAUUGGGAAAUUUUGGUUGGUUAGGAUCCUACAGUGAAUGCACAAAGACCAUCAGUGAUGCACACUAUUGCCUAGCUUACAUCUCAUUAAAUAAGACUGUGCCCAUACAUUGGGGUGUCUGUGCGCCAAAACAAUGCAGUGAAGAGGAUGUAACGAAAGCUCUACAAGAAAUCUUUACAGGUGGCAAUGAGUCGGUGGUGAGCUUGGACCCUCAGCCAGUCAGUUUCAUCGGAGAUAAAUCCCAUAAGAAACCUGUUUUCUGUAAUAAACCUUCGGAAUACACAACGGGAGUAAAGUUAACGCUGAUUUUAAUUGGCUUAGUCUUGCUUCUCUGUCUGGUUGGAACCAGCUUGGACAUAGCUAUUGGCUUUAUGAAACCACACUCCACACCUGUCAACAAAAGUGAUGGCUUCAUGCCGGUCAGAGGGGCCUCCAUGGCAACAGACCAUGAUACCUUCAGUGACAGCUCAAAUCUAAUCCACUCUUCCACAGUUUCCUCGAGUUCAAGGCCAAUUUUGUCGAGCCUUCCUCAAGAACCCGCUAAGCCAAAUUUUGUGUCGCGAUUCUUGUUAUGUUUUUCAUGGAUCCAAAAUACAAAUCGUAUCAUGGAUACCAAUGUCCCUCCCAGUGCCAUCACAUCAAUUAAUGGUAUGAGAGUGCUAAGCAUGUGGUGGGUCAUCUUAGGACAUCUCUUCUCCGUACAAAUGAUAACAUCUAUUAGUAAUUUGAAGUUAUUUACGAACAUUAUUCAUCGGUUCACAUUCCAAGCGGUUGGCAAUGCAACCUUUUCAGUGGAUACUUUCUUUUUCCUCAGCGGCCUUUUGGUAGCUUAUCUGGCACUUCGUAAUAUGGAAAAGAAAAAUGGGGAACUUCCACUCUUCAUGUAUUACUUUCAUCGUUUUUGGAGGUUGACUCCAACUUACAUGUUCGUUUUGCUGUUUUUCGAUAAAAUGACACCAUUCUUGGGCGAGGGUCCGAUGUGGUAUACAUUGCAGGCGGGCAACACUUGCGACAGUUACUGGUGGACGAAUCUUCUCUACAUCAACAACUUUUAUCCCACUAAAUUUUCAAUUUCGUGUAUGGGCUGGUCCUGGUACUUAGCUAAUGAUAUGCAGUUCUAUAUCAUCUCUCCUGCUAUCCUCUUCACGGCAUACAGAUUCCGCUUGCGGGGACUGCUUCUCAUUGUUGCUGCGUUGAUGGGGAUCAGUUUUAUCACAACAGCUAUCUUAUAUGCACAUUAUCAUCUUGCUGCAGUUCAGUUAAGUCCUGCAGCUACUGCUGAAGCAGCGGCUGGUAUUGAUUCUUCGUCCCUCACAUAUGUCAAGCCCUACUGUCGAAUUGCACCAUAUCUUGUUGGUAUGGUGUUGGGUUACCUACUUGUUCACGCAAAGAAUUGGAAGCUUCCCUCAAAGACCAACAUGCGCUUGUUGAACAUGGCUGGUUGGUGUGUGGCUAUUGCCCUCGCUCUGUCGACGCUUUAUGGCGAAUACAAAGCUUUACGAAAAGACCAUCCUGAACCUUUCUCUCGCGCCGAGAAUAUCACAUACGGGACAUUUUCCCGCUUUGCAUGGAGCUUGGCCUUAGCCUGGGUGAUUUUUGCUUGUCAAAACGGAUUUGGUGGUUUGGUGAAUAAAAUUUUGUCAGCUCGGUUCUGGAUUCCAUUAAGCCGUCUGACGUACUGUGCGUACCUUGUCCAUAUAAUUGCCAUUGUUGCACUCUAUGGAUCGUUCGAGACUGUGCAAGCAUAUUCUGAUGUCCACAUUUCCAUCUCUUUUGUUGGAGUGGUCGGUAUUUCAUAUGCAGCCGCUUUCGUGGUGUCAGUUUGCGUGGAAUUUCCCAUGAUGCAGUUAGAGAAGCUUAUUUUUGAUCGUUGAUUUCUGAGGUCGUUUUCACUUGUCAUAUUGCGCCAUACAGAUAAAUGCUAAUUCUCGGUCUUAUAGCCAGAAAUUAACGAAUCUCGAAAUGCAGAAAAAUGAUAACAAACUGAACCGAAAUCUUGUCAUCAAACCUCAUAACACAAUCUUUUAAACUUUCUGAAACAUCAUCCUUGUUUCCUGAGAGGUCCUCAACAUUAACUUCAUGGUUCGCAUGUUGUUAGAAAGCGUAGUAAAUCAAGGCCACAACUCAACCUCACACAUUUAGCAAUUAUCAUCGUGCGAUAGAGCUUUUAUUAUUUUCCUUCUCAGAUAAAUAUCGUUGUAUUUCCAAGUCAAGUGACCUUGCGUACGAAAUUAAAAACAGAAUUUCGAAUUUUGAGGCCAUUUACGAUUAAAAGCGAGAUUUUUGAGCUGCUCGAUGGUGGGGGCGUUUCGAAAGAUGUCCAUUCUAGAGACUAACUUUUGUUACCUUGCAAGUCUUGUUAACUUUUGUAUUUAACGAUUAAAUCUUGCACUUAUUUGUCAGUGGCUUCAAAAUUGUUAAUUAUAGUUAAUCUUACCGCGACAGUUUUAUGUGUUUACCAAACCAAGUUACAUGGCUAUGCAGAGGGCCUAAUACCCAUGUCUUGUACUGUUAGCUUGGUACUUCAUAUCUAACUUUUGUAAGUAAUAAAGCAUACGAGUAAGGGCUUAAUGCCCCUUUUUAACCCCUGUAAACAUUACUUGUAACAUCGCAUCGUAGGAUAUGAGUAUUAUGAUGCAUAAUAAAGGGGACGUUUACGUUUGGGGAUAUAAAUCAGGGCCGUUUUUUUAGUGUUUCGUGUCUUUACUUCACAUUAAAUG